AUGUUAACAGGAAGCUUUGCACUCGCAGUCAGCCAUUUCGCUUCUCUAUCAGACUCAAGCUUCGAUUGGUUUUCUUCGGUUUCGGCUGCUUCGUCCUACGGGUUCGGCACCGAAAAAAGACCCAACCCUCCUAGGAGGGCCGCCCAGCCGCCUAGCCCCCGCCUAGAUCCGCCUAGCCGCCUAGCGCCCGCCUAG